UAGACUGAUAAGGGGAGUGGAAACAGUUUCAUUGAAGCUCGACUCACUAGGGUUGCAGAGGAGCAGGCACGGCUGGAGUAGAAUCCACUCUCAGUUUAGUUCCAACACGUCCUUCACCAUGCUGAAGAUUAUUACCAUCCUGUUCAGUGUUCUAGGCAGCAGUCACUUAGUCACCGUGAAGGUUCUAGACCAACGCCUCAAUGUGACUGACGGAGGGAGUGCCACUCUGCAGUGCACCUAUACAACUACUAUAGACACAACAACUGAUUUAAACAUUCAGUGGACCUUUCACCAGGCAAACGCACAAAGGAAUGAUCAGCCCACACUGUGCCCAAGUGUUGACAGUUCGGACGAGUCUUCCCAGAGCCACUGUCUCAAGACCAUGUACAGCACAGAUAAACGGGGGAGAUGUAGCUGGAAAAACCAGAUCUAUUACUUUGAAAGUGGACAGUCCUACAGUCUCGGAAGCUUUAAAAACAGGAUCACAGCAGCAACGUCCCCAAACAACGCAACGAUAACCAUCAGCAACAUGCAGCCGUCCGACUCCGGUGUCUACAUCUGUGAGGUGAACAACCCACCGGACUUCCAGGGCAACAACCAAGGCUUGUUCUUUGUGUCUGUAUUAGUUGAGCCAUCAAAACCAAUCUGUGCCAUCCAUGGGACACCAGAAUCAGGUCACCGGGUAUCCCUGACCUGCCACUCAGAGCAAGGAAACCCCGCCCCUACCUAUACCUGGAGUAAACUCAGCGAUGGGGUCGCCACACAACCGCUGGGACAAAUGGAUAUCAUAUCUGGCAAUAUGAAGAUUGGAAAUCUGUCCCAGUUUGAAAUUGGUACUUACCAGUGCAAUGCCUCCAACAGCCAGGGGUUCUCUGUCUGCACCGUGGAGCUCUCUGAAGGUGCACAUGAAGGAGCUAUCGCUGGAGCCGUGAUCGGGGCUGUUCUGGCUGCAGUCAUUAUAGGGACGGUUGUCUGGUUUAUCUCAAGCAAGAGGAAGGGGAAAUCUAACAAGGAGAAGUCUGCUGGUACUGAACUGCAGACGAAAGCUAAAAGCGAUGUGAAGUAUCAAGAUGUCCCCACUGUGGAGGCGGCUCCAGUCCAGGCCCAUGCUGUGGAGGUCCAGGCGGAGGAGCCCCACGAGGAGGGGGAGGAGCAGGAGGCUGUGCAGAACAAUACAUCUGUGGAAGCAUAGGAGGAGCGAGGGCAACAGGGGGGCAAGAAAACCCAGCAGGCCAGCACUGAGGCGAUACGGGGGGGAUUGUAAAAAGCCAGUAGCUUCAAAUGUCAUUUUAUGAAUCUGUUCGCCUUUCCCUUCGUUGAAGAAUGUUUGCAAUCAUUUUGAUGAGUUCUGGGUUUUGAUGCUCCGCAUUGAGUUAUUAGUAUUUGUUCUCUAUAUCUGUCUUUACCUGGCUUGGAACUUGCUUUGAGCCAGUCUGUAGGAUUCUAGCUGCCUAGCACUGAACAGAUCUCAUUCUAGCCAAUCCAUUGGAGAAUGUGACCUUACAACUCCACUGUCCAACUGUAAAUAUACAGAGAGGGUGAGUAGAUGGGACCAGCCAAGUGGAAGAGUCAUUUUGUCACAUGAGGAAGUCAUUCAGUGUGGGCAAUUUUAAUUUCCAGACAAGCUCACAGACAGAUAAAUUCAGAUAUAGGGAACGUUGAACUCAAUAUUGGAUCUACGGAACCCCAAACCACUCAACAUCAUUUUAAACAUCACAAAAAGACAAGGGAACAUUUGAAGCUGCUUACUCUUUUAUUACUUGAACGUCGGCUGACUGUUUAGCUGUGUGUAUCCUGCAGGAGUUCCCCUCCUUGGGUGAUUUAAAGAGCCUCUCAUUGACAUCACUAAUAUACAGCACAGCCGUGGCCCGUUAUUCACUCACUGCCGAUCUACUGUAGGCUUCAGCAUAUCAGCAAUGAUACAGUGAGAUAAGUCAGAUAAUGCCCUCUAGUGUGCAAAACGGUUUAACCAAACCCCCCAGCACAUUUGACCCCAGUUACGCUGCAGAGUACAGCGCAUCACACUUUGUUGUUUUUUUAUAGCUGGCCACGGCUGCCCUGUAGUUUACUGACUGUUUGCUCUACAGUUAUUUUUUAAAUGUUCUGGUAACAAGCUUUUCCAAUGGCGUUUUCAUUUUAUUUUAUUUACAUUUUUUUACGAUUUCAUACUCAAUUAAGUCCAAUUAACAGUUAAGAAAAUAUUCUUCUAUGAUUAUGCCUGAUUGUUAUUGUCGUGAGGCAUGUUAAAAUGUUGAUAACAAGGGUGGCUUUGUUUGGGACAGCAUGUUUCACUGUCAUUGAAAAUAAAAUA